CUGGUAUCAACAGUUUUCGUUGGUGUAUUUAUGUUGAUGAAACUUCAGUGAAAUUCACAGACUUGUAGCAACUUGCUGUCAUACUAGAACAGAUACGUCUAUCAGUUUUUAAUCUAGCCACCCACCAUGAAGACCAUCCUGUUGUUGCUGGCUGUGAUAGCUGUGGCCCAUGCAGGCGUGACCUUGACCUUGUUGUCUGAUGACAUUGAAGCGUUCCUGAAGACUCACAACGACGUGAGGAAUGCUCUGGGUAUCCCGUCUUUGACAUGGGACACCAAACUGGCCGAUUACGCAAAAGACUGGACAUCCGGCUGUGUUUUUGAACACAGUACGGGAAAUUAUGGGGAGAACUUAUUCGGAUCUGACCCUUUGAACGACAACGCCACUGCCUUGGCCUAUGAAAGCGCGAUAUCGUGGAAAAGUGAACUGGCUGAUGUUGACCCUGAUUGGGAAUGCAUCGGUAGGGAACCUACCUGUGGUCAUUAUUCUCAGAUGGUGUGGAGAGAUACAACUGCCGUUGGCUGUGCCAUCACUCACUGUGAUAAUAUGCCCAACCUUGUUUCAUGCAACUAUGACCCACCUGGCAACUACGAAGGUGAAGAGCCAUAUUAGAUGCAGACUGCUACAGCGAUCCGUGGACACGCCGCCGUGAGCUUCGUCUCCUCACAGUGCA